AUGCUUCCUCUUCGUUCUUCAAACUGCGUUCCGCCGUGUCCAUUGGGUUUUUUCUGCGUGUCGAACUCUCGUCGUUCCCCGCCAUAUUGUUUCUCGCCGUUUGUUUCUGAAGUCGAAGUUGCUCCAGUUGAUUCGUGGCCUUGGUGGACAAUUCCUUUGAUCGGCUUAUGUGAGUUUUUCUUAAUUAUUGUUCAAUCUUGAUGUUGUCUUUGCAGUCUUCUUGGGAGUUAUUCUUCUUUUCUUCAUUGGUUAUCGUAACCGCGAAUCAAUUUUCAAGUUUUUGGCCGAUUUCUUUGCCAAGUUCUUCGCCAAGAAAUGA